CCGCCGCGCCCUUCGCGCGCCCGGGAUGGGCCCCCCCGCCGCCGGCCGAGCGCCGCGCUCGCGCUGACGCCCCGACUCCCGCGCGCCCCGCCGGCCCCCGCGCUCACGAUGCUGCCGCCCGCGCCCUCCCGCCUCGGGCUGCUGCUGCUGCUGCUCUUGUGUCCGGCGCACGUCGGCGGGCUGUGGUGGGCCGUGGGCAGCCCUCUGGUCAUGGACCCCACCAGCAUCUGCAGGAAGGCCCGGCGGCUGGCGGGGCGGCAGGCGGAGUUGUGCCAAACAGAACCGGAAGUGGUGGCAGAGCUGGCCCGGGGCGCGCGGCUCGGGGUUCGAGAGUGUCAGUUCCAGUUCCGCUUCCGCCGCUGGAACUGCUCCAGCCACAGCAAGGCCUUCGGGCGCAUCCUGCAGCAGGAUAUCCGCGAGACGGCCUUCGUGUUUGCCAUCACGGCGGCGGGGGCCAGCCACGCGGUCACGCAGGCCUGCUCCAUGGGCGAGCUGCUGCAGUGCGGCUGCCAGGCCCCCCGCGGGCGCGUCCCGAGGCCCCCCGGCCUGCCCGACCUCGCCGGGGGCCCCGCAGGCGCCACCGAGGGCAGCGCGGCAUGGGAGUGGGGCGGCUGCGGCGACGACGUGGACUUCGGGGACGAGAAGUCGAGGCUCUUCAUGGACGCGCAGCACAAGAGGGGACACGGGGACAUCCGGGCGCUGGUGCAGUUGCACAACAACGAGGCCGGCAGGCUGGCGGUUCGGAGUCACACGCGCACCGAGUGCAAGUGCCACGGGCUGUCGGGCUCCUGCGCGCUGCGCACCUGCUGGCAGAAGCUGCCCCCGUUCCGCGAGGUGGGCGCGCGCCUCCUCGAGCGCUUCCACGGCGCCUCGCGCGUCAUGGGCACCAACGACGGCCGCGCGCUGCUGCCCGCCGUGCGCUCCCUCAAGCCGCCGGGCCGCGCCGACCUGCUCUACGCCGCCGACUCGCCCGAUUUCUGUGCCCCCAACCGGCGCACCGGCUCGCCCGGCACGCGCGGCCGCGCCUGCAACAGCAGCGCCCCGGACCUCAGCGGUUGUGACCUGCUGUGCUGCGGCCGCGGGCACCGCCAGGAGAGCGUGCAGCUCGAGGAGAACUGCCUGUGCCGCUUCCACUGGUGCUGCGUGGUGCAGUGCCACCGCUGCCGCGUGCGCAAGGAGCUCAGCCUCUGCCUCUGACCAAG